AUGUAUUUCAUUUUUUUUUUUUUUUUUUCACUUUUUCUGUUUUUGCUUACUCUUUUUCCUCCGCUUUUUACUUCCUUCCUCUUUUUACUUCCUUCCUCUUUUUACUUCUUUCCGUCCUCGUUUUUUAUUGUCCUCUCUUUUUUUCGUCCUAUCUUUUUUUUUCGUCCUCUCUUUUUUUUUUUCGUCCUCUCUUUUUUUUUUUUUUUUCGUCCUCUCUUUUUUUUUUUUUUCGUCCUCUCUUUUUUUUUUUCGUCCUCUCUUUUUUUUUUCGUCCUCUUUUUUUUCGUCCUCUCUUUUUUCCUCCUUUUUUUUUCGUCCUCUCUUUUUUUUUUUUUCGUCCUCUCUUUUUUUUCCUCCUCUUUUUUUUUUCGUCCUCUCUUUUUCGUCCUCUCUUUUUUUCGUCCUCUCUUUUUUUCGUCCUCCCUUUUUUUCGUCCUCCCUUUUUUUCGUGCUCCCUUUUUUUUUUCGUUCUCUCUUUUUUUUCGUUCUCUCUUUUUUUUCGUUCUCUCUUUUUUUUCGUUCUCUCUUUUUUUUCGUCCUCUCUUUUUUUUCGUCCUCUCUUUUUUUUCGUCCUCUCUUUUUUUGUCCUUUUAUUUCAUCCUCUUUUUUUUCGUCCUCUUUUUUUUUUCGUCCUCUUUUUUUUCCUCUCUUUUUUUGUCCUUUUAUUUCAUCCUCUUUUUUUUUCGUCCUCCUUUUUCGUCCUCCCUUUUUCGUCCUCCCUUUUUUUUUCGUCCUCCCUUUUUUCGUUCUCUUUUUUUUUUUGUCCUCUCUUUUUCGUCCUCCAUUUUUCGUCCUCUUUUUUUUUCAUCCUCCCUUUUUUUCGUCCUCCCUUUUUUUCGUCCUCCCUUUUUUUCGUCCUCCCUUUUUUUCGUCCUCCCUUUUUUUCGUCCUCCCUUUUUUUCGUCCUCUCUUUUUUUUUCGUCCUCUCUUUUUUUCGUCCUCUCUUUUUUUCGUCCUCUCUUUUUUUCGUCCUCUCUUUUUUUUUUCGUCCUCCCUUUUUUUCGUCCUUUUUUUUUUUUUUCGCAGUCUUUUUUUUCGCCGUCUUUUUAUUCGACCUCUCUUUUUCUACGUCGUCUUUUUUUUUUACGUCCUCUUUAUUUUUCGUCCUCUUUUUCUUACUCUCUUUCUCGUCUUUUCCUUAAUUACACUCUCUCCUCUCUAUCUUUUUUACAUUCGCUCUAUUUUGUGACAUUCUCUCUUCUAUCUUUUGACACCCUCUUAAAAUUUUCUUUCUUUGUUUUUCUCGUACGUUAUUUUUUCUCAGCUGCCAUCUUCCUGUUCCUCUUCAUUUUUCGUUCCUUUCUUUCCUUUUUUUUCCAAAUUCCUUAUCCAUCUCUCUUUUCCCAUUUUACUGCUUCUCUCUCUCUCUGCCAUAUACUCCUCCUUCCUCUCUGCCUGAUACUGCUCCCUCCUCCAACUUUGCUUUUAUUCACCUUCCCUUCUUUGUCUCUUCGCUCGCAUUCUCAUCCUUUCCUUGGCCCUCUUUUCAAUUCUUUUCAUUUCAUUGCCCGGCCUUUGCCUAUGCACUCUUCCUUGCCUCUCCUUUGCACUCUUCCUUGCCUCUCCUUUGCACUCUUCCUUGCCUGUUUUACUCGCCUUCUUUCUUGCCUCUCCUUCGCCUUUGCCCUCUUUCUUGCCUCUCCUUCGCCUUUGCCCUCUUUCUUGCCUCUCCUUCGGCUCUAUUCCCUUACCUGGACUUUGACUUUAUUGACUUCAUUCCCCUCCCUUGCAUUUAUUAUCUUCUUUGUCACCACCUUUAACUUCUUUUCUCUUCUUUUCACCCCCGCCUCUUUUCACUUCUAUUCUUCUCCGUCCAGCGCUUUUGCCUUUAUCCCCUUUGUGGCCACUCCUUUACAUUCUUUUCUCUUCCCUGCUCGUCCUCCCACCCGCUUGUCUUUUAUUCUCUUCCUACCACCCUCUUGCCUAUUACUCUCUACCAUGUACCUUAUUUGUCUUCUCUCUAACACUUCUUUGCAUUUGUUCACAUCCUUGCCAAUCUGA